AUGAAUUGCCUGGCUCUUUCAUUGGACUUUGGUUUCUUGUUUCAGAUCAUUGAAACAUUGAUAUUUGCCUAUUUUGCUUCAGUAUCAUUGGCUGAUUCCCAGGGUCUUUUCCCAAGGCUGGAGAAUGUGGGAGCUUUCAAGAAGGUUUCACUUGUGCCAACCCAAGCCGUGUGUGGACUCCCAGACCGAAGUACUUUCUGUCACAUCUCCGUGGAUGCUGAAAGUGUUCAGUUCUGCACCCAGCGAUUUUGCAUUCAAGGUUGCCCCCACCGAUCUUCGUCCCCUACGUACACUGCCCUUUUCUCAGCAGGCCUCAGGAGCUGCCUCAUUCCAGACAAGGAUGAUCUGCAUCCUCACUCCCAGAGCAACUCUACAAGUUUUAUUUUUGGAAAUCACAGGAAUUGUUAUUCUUCUCUUCCUUCUCCGAGGCUGGAAGUAGCAUUUACUUUCACUGUGUGGCUGAAACCUGAGCGAGAAGGUGUAAUGUGCAUUAUAGAAAAGACGGGGGAUGGGCAGACUGUGUUCAAACUUACAAUAUCCAGGAAAGAGACCAUGUUUUAUUAUCGCACAGUAAGUGGUUUGCAGCCUCCAAUAAAAGUAAUGACACUGGGGAGAAUUCUUUUGAAGAAAUGGAUUCAUCUUAGUGUGCAGGUGCAUCAGACAAAAAUCAACUUCUUUAUCAAUGGUUUGGAGGAGGAUAACACAGCUUUUUAUACAACAACUUUAAGUGAUUCAAUUACAGAUAUUCCCUCCAGUACUGUGCAAAUAGGACAGAGUUCAAAUGGAUUAGAGCAAUUUGUUGGAAGAAUGCAAGAUUUUCGAUUAUACCAAGUGGCACUUACAAACAGAGAGAUUCUGGAAGCUUUCUCUGGAGAUUUGCUUCGACUGCACGUCCAGUCCCAUUGCCGCUGCCCUGGCAGUCACCCUCGCAUCCACCCUGUGGUCCAGAGGUACUGUGUCCCUAAUGGUGCAGAAGACACAACCAAGAACAGAGUGUUACGGCUGAAUCCCGAAGCUCAUCCUCUCUCCUUUAUCAAUGAUAAUGACAUCAGUACUUCGUGGAUUUCACAUGUGUUUACAGACAUUACCCAGCUUAAUCAAGGAGUGACUAUCUCAGUGGAUUUGGAAAAUGGACAGUAUCAGGUAUUUUAUAUUAUCAUUCAAUUCUUUAGUCCACAACCAACAGCAAUAAGGAUUCAAAGGAAGAAGGAAGACAGUUUAGAUUGGGAGGACUGGCAAUAUUUUGCUAAAAAUUGCAGUGUUUUGGGGAUGAAAAACAAUGGCGACUUGGAAAAACCCGAUUCUGUCAACUGUCUUCAGCUUCCCAAUUUUACUCCAUAUUCCCGUGGCAAUGUCACAUUCAGCAUUCUGACACCUGGGCCAAAACUUCGUCCUGGAUUCAAUGACUUCUAUAAUACCCCGUCUCUUCAAGAAUUUGUCAAAGCCACACAGAUAAGGCUUCAUUUCCAUGGGCAGUACCAUACAACUGAGGCUGCUGUCAGUCUCAGUCACAGAUACUACGCAGUGAAUGAAGUCACCAUCGGUGGGAGGUGUCAGUGCCAUGGUCAUGCUAGUAACUGUGACACCACAAGCCAGCCCUAUAGCUGCCUCUGCUCUCGGGAAAGCUUCACUGAAGGACUUCACUGUGAUCGCUGCUUGCCUCUUUAUAAUGACAAGCCUUUCCGCAGAGGCGAUCAAGUUCACGCUUUCAACUGUAAACCCUGUCAAUGCAACCGCCACUCCAGGAGCUGCCAUUACAAUGCCUCUGUAGAUCCUUUUCCUCUUGAGCACCAGAGAGGGGGAGGAGGGGUUUGUGAUGACUGCCAGCAUAACACUACAGGGAGGAACUGUGAACUGUGCAAGGAUUACUUUUUCCGACAAGUUGGUGCAGAUCCUUCAGCCAUUGAUGUUUGCAAAUCCUGUGAUUGUGAUAAAACUGGCACUAGAAACGGAAGCCUCCUUUGUGAUCUGAUUGGAGGCCAGUGUAAUUGUAAGAGACAUGUGUCUGGCAGACAGUGCAAUCAGUGCCAGAAUGGAUUCUACAAUCUCCAAGAGUUGGAUUCUGAUGGCUGCAGUCCUUGUAACUGCAAUACCUCUGGGACAGUGGAUGGAGAUAUUACCUGUCACCAAAAUUCAGGCCAGUGCAAGUGCAAAGCAAAUGUUAUUGGGCUUAGAUGCGAUCACUGCAAUUUUGGAUUCAAAUUUCUUCGAAGUUUUAAUGAUGAUGGAUGUGAGCCCUGCCAGUGCAACCUCUAUGGCUCAGUGGACAAAUUCUGCAAUCCUCUCUCUGGGCAGUGUGAGUGCAAAAGAGAAGUCAGAGGACUUCAGUGUGACACCUGCAGAGAAAACUUUUAUGGGUUAGACAUUGCCGGUUGUAAGGCCUGUGACUGUGACCCUGCUGGAUCCCUUUCUGGGACUGACUGUGAUGCUGAGACAGGGCAGUGCACCUGUAAAGCCAAUGUAGGAGGAAGACAGUGUAAUCAGUGUUUGGAGGGAUACUUCUACCUACAGCAAAAUAAUUCUUUCCUCUGUCUGCCUUGUAACUGUGAUAAGAUGGGGACAGUAAAUGGCUCUCUGCUGUGUGACAUAUCAACAGGACAAUGUCCUUGCAAAUUAGGGGUAACAGGUCUUCGCUGCAAUCAAUGUGAGCCUCACAGGUACAAUUUGACCGUGGGCAAUUUUCAAGGCUGCCAGAUGUGUGAGUGCGACUCCUCAGGGACAUUCCCUGGGACCAUUUGUGACCCAAUCAGUGGUCAGUGCCUAUGCUUGCCUAAUCGUGAAGGAAGAAGGUGUGAUCGGUGUCAACCAGGUUUUUAUAUUUCUCCAGGCAAUGCUGCUGGCUGCCUACCAUGUUCAUGCCAUGCAACUGGUGCAGUUAAUCAUGUCUGUAAUAGCCUCACUGGCCAGUGCACAUGCCAAGAUGCUUCCAUUGUUGGGCAAAGCUGUGACCAAUGUAAAGAUCAUUACUUUGGAUUUGAUCCUCAAACUGGAAGAUGUCAGCCUUGUAAUUGUCAUCUCUCAGGAGCCUUGAAUGAAACCUGUCACUUGGUCACAGGCCAGUGUUUCUGUAAACAAUUCGUCACUGGUUUGAAGUGUGAUGCUUGUGUUCCCAAUGCAAGCCACUUGGAUGUCAACAAUCUGUUGGGUUGCAGCAAAACUCCCUCCCAGCAACCUCCACCCAGAGGACAAGUUCAAAGUUCUUCUGCCAUUAGUCUCUCCUGGAGUCCACCUGAUUCUCCAAAUGCCCAGUGGCUUACUUACAGUUUAUUCAGGGAUGGUCUUGAAAUCUACAUUUCUGAAGAUCAAUACCCAUACAAUACUCAACACUACUUAGAUACUGCCCUGUCACCGUAUACCUCAUAUUCAUAUUACAUCAAGACCACCAAUGUGCAUGGUUCAACAAGGAGUGCAGCUGUCAUUUACAGGACAAAGCCAGGAGUCCCAGAGGGACAACUGAACUUAAGUUAUAUCAUUCCUGUUAGCUCAGAUUCAGUGACACUUACCUGGAGUACACUCUCCAAUCAUUCUGGCCCUAUAGAAAAAUACAUUUUGUCCUGUGUUCCUUUGGAUGGCAGUCAGCCAUGUGAUCCCUACGAAGGUCAGGAAACCUCAGCCAACAUCUGGAAUCUGGUUCCAUUCACCAGGUACAAUUUUUCUGUACAGGCAUGUACUAGUGGGGGCUGUUUACACAGCUUUCCCAUAAUGGUGACCACUGCUCAAGCACCUCCCCAAAGACUGAGCCCUCCUGAGAUACGGGAAAUCGGUUCCACAGAACUUCAUGUAGAAUGGUCUCCACCAGUGGAACCAAAUGGAAUAAUUAUAAGAUAUGAGUUAUACAUGAAAAGAUUGAGAUCUACUCAAGAAAGCCAAGUGUUUCAGAGCAGUGGCUGGCUCAGUCCUCACCCAUUUGCAGACUCAACCAGUGAAAAUGCACUAAAACCUCCUCAAGCAGCAGCAGUCAUCACUGGCUUGGAACCUUAUACAGAGUACGAGUUUAGGGUCUUGGCUGUGAAUAUGGUGGGCAGCGUGUCUUCUGCCUGGAUCUCAGCAAGAACCAGAGAAUCAGCUCCUGUGUUCAUGAUCCCUCCUUUAGUCAUUCCACUUUCCUCGCACUCUCUCAACGUCUCCUGGGAGAAGCCAGCAGAAAAUGUUACAAGAGGAAAAGUUGUGGGGUACAACAUCAAUAUGAUUUCUGAACAAUCACCUCAACAACCUGUCCCAGUGGUGUUUUCAAAGCUGUUGCACAUGGCUAAAUCCCAAGACCUGUCUUAUGUUGUAAAAGGACUGAAGCCUUAUAGGAUAUACGAGUUUACUAUUUCUCUCUGCAAUUCAGUUGGUUGUGUAACCAGUGCUUCGGGAGCAGGACAAACUUUAGCAGCAGCACCUGCCCGCCUGAGGUCUCCUGUGGUUAAAGGAAUCAACAGCUCGACAAUCCAUGUGAGGUGGUUUCAACCUGAAGAAAUUAAUGGUCCCUCUCCCCUAUACCAGUUGGAAAGGAGAGAGUCAUCUCUACCAGCUCCCAUGGCUGCCAUGAUGAAAGGAAUUCGUUUCACAGGAAAUGGAUAUUGUAAAUUCCCUGGUACCACUCACCCAGUUGGUAUAGACUUUACUGGCAUUAAGGCCAGCUUUCGAACAAGGGUGCCUGAAGGUUUGAUUGUCUUUGCAGCAUCACCUGGCAAUCAGGAAGAGUAUUUUGCACUUCAGUUGAAGAAUGGCCGACCUUAUUUUCUUUUUGAUCCUCAGGGAUCCUCAGUGGAAGUUACCACAACUAAUGAUCAUGGUAAACAUUAUAGUGAUGGCAAAUGGCAUGAAAUAAUUGCUAUUAGGCAUCAGGCUUUUGGCCAAAUCACUCUCGAUGGGCAGUACACAGGUUCCUCCACCUCCCUGAAUGGUAGUAGUAUAAUUGGAGAUAACACAGGAUUGUUUAUAGGAGGGCUGCCACAAGGUUAUACUAUCCUCAGGAAGGAUCCUGAGAUAAUCCAAAAGGGUUUUGUGGGCUGUCUCAAGGAUGUGCAUUUUAUGAAGAAGUACAAUCCCUCUGCUAUUUGGGAACCCCUGGAUUGGCAGAGUUCUGAAGAGCAAUUCAAUGUGUAUAAUAGCUGGGAGGGAUGCCCUGCUUCAUUAAUUGAGGGUGUUCAGUUUCUAGGAACAGGGUUCCUGGAACUUUAUUCACACAUAUUUCAUGGUGGAAUGGACUUUGAGAUUUCCCUGCAGUUCAGAACGGACCAGUUGAAUGGAUUGCUUCUUUUCACUUACAAUAAAAAUGGAUCUGAUUUUCUUGCCGUGGAGCUGAAGAGUGGAGCAUUGAGCUUCCGGUCAAAUGCCAGUCUUACCUUUACACAAGUGGAUCUAUGGCUGGGAUUGACCUACUGUGAUGGAAAGUGGAACAAAGUCACUAUUAAAAAGAAAGGCCCUGUCAUAGCAGUAAGUGUGAAUGAACUGAUGGAGCAGUCAACAGAAUCCAGAGCCCAGUCGCUGCUGGUGAAUUCACCUAUCUAUGUGGGAGGAAUCCCACAGGAGCUGUGGAACUCUUACAGACAGUUGAAUUUGGAACAAGGUUUCGGUGGUUGCAUGAAGGAUGUUAAAUUUACACGGGGUGCUGUCGUUAACUUGGCAUCUGUGUCCAGCAGCGCUGUCAGAGUCAAUCUGGAUGGAUGCCUAUCAACUGACAGCGCUGUUAACUGCAGGGGAAAUGACUCCAUCCUGGUUUACCAGGGAAAAGAGCAGGGUGUUCAUGAAAGUGGUCUCCAGCCCUUUACAGAACACCUGUAUCGAGUGAUAGCCUCGCAUGAAGGAGGGUCAGUAUAUAGUGACUGGAGUCGGGGACGGACAACAGGAACAGCUCCACAAAGUGUGCCAACUCCCUCAAGAGUCCAGAGCAUAAAUGGAUAUAGCAUUGAGGUGACCUGGGAUGAACCUGUUGUGGUUAGAGGUGUAAUCGAGAAGUAUAUUCUAAAAGUCUACAGUGAGGAUGACUCCCACAUACCCCCAAUGCCCUCUGCCAGUGCUGAGUUUGUCAAUCUCAGUAACCUCACAGGCAUAUUGACAGGCUUGCUACCCUUCAAAAACUAUGCAGUAACCCUAACUGCUUGCACUCUGGCUGGCUGUACCGAGAGCUCACAUGCAUUGAACAUCUCUACUCCACAAGAAGCCCCACAAGAGGUUCAGCCACCAGUAGCCAAAUCCCUUCCCAAUUCUUUGUUACUUUCCUGGAAGCCACCCAAACAAGCAAAUGGUAUUUUAACUCAGUACAUUUUAUACAUGGAUGGAAAGCUGCUCUAUUCAGGCAAAGGGGAGAACUACACAGUCACAGAUUUAGAGGUAUUUACACCCCACCAGUUUCUACUGAGUGCUUGCACACAUGUGGGAUGUACCAACAGUUCCCGGGUCGUACUGUACACAGCAAAGCUGCCACCAGAACAUGUGGAUUCCCCAAUUCUGACUCUCCUAGAUUCUAGAACUAUAUAUGUACAGUGGAAACAACCGAGAAAACUAAAUGGAAUUCUAGAACGCUAUAUAUUAUAUAUUUCAAAUCACACGCAUGAUUUUGCAAUUUGGAAUGUUGUCUAUAACAGUACUGAACCUUUCCAGGAUCACACGCUACAACAUCUUUUCCCUGGUAGUAAAUAUCUCAUCAAGCUAGGAGCUUGCACGGGUGGUGGGUGCACAUUGAGUGAGGCCAGCGAGAUCAUAACUGAGGAAUCCAUCCCAGAGGGUGUGCCACCCCCCACAGCCCACUCCUAUUCACCAGACUCCUUUAACAUCUCCUGGACGGGGCCUGAAUAUCCGAAUGGUGUUAUCACAAGUUAUGGAUUAUAUCUAGAUGGUAUUUUAAUUCACAAUUCCUCAGAACUCAGCUGUCAUGCUUAUGGAUUUGCUCCCGGGAGCUUACAUUCCUUCAGAGUCCAAGCAUGUACUGCCAAAGGUUGUGCUCUGGGCCCACUGGUGGAAAAUCGAACUCUAGAAGCUCCUCCUGAAGGAACAGUAAAUGUGUUUGUCAAAACAGAGGGAUCCCGGAAAGCCCACGUGAGAUGGGAAGCACCUUUUCGUCCCAAUGGAAACUUAACAUACUCAGUCCUUUUUACUGGGAUUUUCUAUGUAGAUCAAGCAGAUAAUGACUACACCCUUCUGAGUGGCACAAAAGUGAUGCACAGCAGUGGAGACUACAACCUCUGGGUGCCCAUCGAUGGGUUGGUUCCUUUUACUAACUAUACUGUCCAAGUGAAUGUUUCCAAUAGCCAAGGCAGUUUGAUAAGUGACGCUAUAACAAUUGCAAUGCCUCCAGGGGCUCCAGAUGGCGUGCUGCCUCCCAGGCUUUCAUCUGCCACUCCAACCAGUCUUCAGGUUGUCUGGUCUACACCAGCUCGAAACAACGCUCCCGGCUCUCCCAGAUACCAACUCCAGAUGAGGCCUGGCUACUCCACCCAUGGCUUUCGAGAAUUAUUUUCCAGUCCUUCUGCAUCGUUAAGCUAUGAAGUGAGAGAUCUCCAACCGUACACAGAGUAUGAGUUUCGGUUGGUUGCCUCCAAUGGAUUUGGCAGUGCACACAGUUCUUGGAUUCCAUUCAUGACUGCAGAGGACAAACCUGGACCUAUAGACCCUCCCAUUCUUCUGGAUGUGAAGUCAAGAAUGAUGUUGGUCACCUGGGAACAUCCUCUAAGGUGCAAUGGAGUCAUCACCCACUAUAACAUUUACCAACAUGGCCAUCUCUACUUGAGAACUUCUGGAAGUGCCACAAAUUACACAGUGGUCCAUUUACACCCAUAUACCCCCUAUAAGUUUCAGGUAGAAGCUUGUACUUCUAAAGGAUGCUCACUGUCACCAGAGUCCCAGACUGUAUGGACACUCCCAGGGGCACCAGAAGGUAUCCCAAGUCCAGAGCUGUUCUCUGACACUCCAACUUCUGUAAUUAUAUCUUGGCAACUCCCCACCAACCCCAAUGGCGUGGUGGAGAACUUCACAAUUGAGAGAAGAGGCAAAGGGAAGGAAGAAGUUACUACCCUGGUGACUCUCCCAAGGAGUCAUCCCAUGAGGUUUAUUGACAAGACUCCUGCUCUUAGCCCUUGGUCAAGAUAUGAAUACCGGAUACUAAUGAGUACUCUUAAUGGAGGCACAAACAGCAGUGCUUGGGUGGAAGUUACCACGAGGCCCUCACGACCUGCUGGGGUCCAACCACCUAUGGUGCAGGUGCUAGGACCUGAUGCAGCCAAGGUCACUUGGAAACCUCCGCUCAUCCAGAACGGAGACAUACUUAGCUACGAGAUCCGCAUGCCCAACCCACACAUCACAGUAACCAAUGUGACCGCUUCAGUGUUAAGUCAAUUAAUUACUCAUCUGAUUCCCUUCACUAAUUAUUCUGUCACCAUUGUUGCUUGCUCAGGGGGUAACGGGUACCUAGGAGGGUGCACAGAGAGUUUACCUACCUACGUUACCACACACCCCACCCUACCUCAGGAAGUGGGUCCCUUGUCUGUGAUUCCACUAAGUGAAUCUUAUGUUGGAAUUUCUUGGCAGCCACCUACCAAGCCAAAUGGACCUGACUUGAGAUAUGAGCUUCUGAGACGUAAAAUUCAGCAACCACUUGCAUCAAAUCCCCCAGAAGAUUUAAAUCUGUGGCACAAUAUUUAUUCAGGAACUCAGUGGUUUUAUGAAGAUAAGGGUCUUAGCAGGUUUACAACCUAUGGGUAUAAGCUCUGUGUGCACAACAGUGUGGGUUUUACUCCAAGCCAAGAAGUGACUGUGACAACAUUAGGUGGCCUUCCAGAGAGAGGAGCGAACCUCACCAUAAAUGUUCUCAACCACACGGCCAUUGAUGUGAGAUGGGCUAAACCAACUUUUCAAGACCUACAAGGAGAUGUUGAAUAUUAUACGCUGUUUUGGAGUUCUGCUACCUCAAACGAAUCUCUGAAAAUCCUCCCAGAUGCCAGCUCUCAUGUCAUUGGACGCUUAAAUCCCAACACCGAGUAUGAAAUUUUUAUCUCUGUCUUCAAUGGAGUGCACAGCAUCAACAGCACAGUGCAGCACGCGACCACCGGUGAAGGGGAGCCUCAGGGCAUGCUUCCUCCAGAGGUUGUCAUCAUCAACAGUACAGCCGUCCGUGUCAUCUGGACGUCUCCUUCAAACCCAAAUGGCGUUGUCACCGAGUAUUCUGUCUAUGUAAAUAAUAAGCUCUACAAGACUGGAAUGAAUGUGCCCGGGUCGUUUAUUCUGAGAGACCUGUCUCCCUUCACUAUCUAUGACAUUCAGAUUGAAGUUUGUACAAAGUAUGCUUGUGUGAAAAGCAACGGAACCCAAAUCACCACGGUGGAAGAUACUCCAAGGGAUAUACCAACACCCAUAAUUCAUAGCAUCACUUCAAGAUCCCUUCAAAUUGAUUGGGUGUCUCCAGGGAAACCAAAUGGCAUCAUACAUGGAUAUGAUCUUUUACGGAAAACGUGGCAUCUGUGCCCUAAGACCCAGAAGUUAAUGGCAGGCCACGGGGAUGAGUUUUGCAAGGCAGUGAAGUGUCAAAAACCUGAAACUAUCUGUGGGCACAUUUGCUACUCUCCUGAAGCUAAGGUUUGUUGUGACGGAGUUCUCUAUGACCCCCAGCCUGGAUACCACUGUUGUGAGGAAAAGUAUAUCCCAUUCAUUCCGAAUUCAGUGGGAGUUUGCUGUGGUGGCCGAAUUAGGGAGAUACAACCAAAUCAUCAGUGCUGCUCUGGGUAUUAUGCUAAAAUUCUCCCAGGUGAAGUAUGCUGUCCAGAUGAACAGCACAAUCGGGUUUCCGUUGGCAUCGGUGAUGCCUGCUGUGGCAGAAUGCCGUAUUCCACCUCAGGAAACCAGAUUUGCUGUGCUGGGAGCCUCCAUGAUGGCCAUGGCCAGCAGUGCUGCGGUGGACAGAUUGUGAGCAAAGAUUUAAAGUGCUGUGGUGGAGAAGUGGAGGGCAUGCUGUACAGUCCCCUCCCAGGGAUGUUCUGUUGUGGGCAGGAUUAUGUGAAUAUGUCAGAUACCAUAUGCUGCUCAGCUUCCAGUGGAGAGUCUAAAGCACAUGUUAAAAAGAAUGACCCAGUGCCAGUAAAAUGCUGUGAAACUGAACUUAUUCCAAAGAGCCAGAAAUGCUGUAAUGGAGUUGGAUAUAAUCCUUUGAAAUAUGUUUGCUCUGACAAGAUUUCAACUGGAAUGAUGAUGAAGGAAACCAGCAAGUGCAAGACUCUCUGCCCAGCAUCUAUGCAAGCCACAGCGCUUUGUGGCUGGUGCGACUUCAACUUUACCAGCCACAUUUGUACUGUGAUAAGAGGGUCUCACAAUUCCACAGGAAAUACAUCAACUGAAGAAAUGUGUUCAUCUGCUGAAGAGACUGUUCACACAGGAAGUGCAAACAUGCGCUCCUUCACAGAUGUGAACCUUGAGCCUUAUACAAUGUAUGAAUACAGGAUUUCUGCAUGGAACAACUAUGGGCAAGGAUUCAGCAAAGCUGUUAGAAUCAGAACAAAAGAAGAUGUUCCUCAAGGACUGAGACCACCUAGGUGGACCAAAAUGGGCAAUCAUGAAGAUGCAAUUGUCUUAAACUGGAAGAAACCUAUACAAUCAAAUGGUCCUGUUAUUUACUACAUUCUUCUCCGAAAUGGAAUUGAACGCUUCCGGGGAAAAUCUUUGAGCUUCUCUGACACAAAGGGAAUUCAUCCUUUUCAGGAGUACUCAUACCAGCUGAAGGCUUGCACAGUGGCAGGCUGCACUGCCAGCAGUGAGGUAGUUGCAACUACUACCCAAGGAGUUCCAGAGAGCAUCCUGCCACCAAGAAUCACAGCCCCAAGUGCAGAAGCUCUGCAUCUGAGCUGGAGUGUCCCUGAGAAACCAAAUGGCGUCAUUAAAGAGUACCAGCUCUGGCAGGAUGGGAAAGGUCUCAUCUACACUGACACCACUGACAGGAGGCAGCAUACGGUCACAGGUCUCCAGCCAUAUACCAACUACAGUUUCAUACUUACAGCUUGUACAUCUGCUGGAUGCACUUCAAGUGAGCCUUUUCUAGGUCAGACCCUGCAGGCAGCCCCUCAAGGGGUUUGGGUGACACCUCGACACAUUAUCAUCAAUUCUACAACAGUGGAAUUAUAUUGGAGUCCUCCAGAAAAGCCCAAUGGCCUCAUUUCUCAAUAUCAAUUGAGUCGUAAUGGAACCUUGCUUCUCCUGGGUGGCAGUGAGGAACGGAAUUUCACUGAUAAACACCUGGAGCCCAAUAGCAGGUACAGUUACAAGUUAGAAGCCAAAACUGAAGGUGGUAGCAAUACGAGUGAUGAUUACAUAGUCCAAAUGCCUGAAUCAACACCAGAAGAAAUCCAUACUCCAUAUAACAUUACAGUGAUUGGGCCUUAUUCCAUAUUUGUGGCCUGGACACCACCAGGGGUCCUCCUUCCCCAAAUUCCUGUGGAGUACAACAUCUUACUCAGCGAUGGGAGUGUAACACCUCAGACCUUCUCCAUUGGUCACCAUCAAUCCACCCUACUGGAGAACUUGGUGCCAUUCACACAGUACGAGAUAAGGAUACAAGCAUGUCAACAUGGAGGUUGUGGAGUUAGCAGGAGGAUGUUUGUCAAAACAUCUGAAGCAGCCCCAAUGGAUCUUGAUUCCCCUGUUCUCAAGGCACUGGGGUCAUCCCGUAUAGAGGUUAAAUGGAUGCUUCCUAAAAAACCAAAUGGAGUCAUCAUCAACUACUUAAUUCACAGACGUCCUGCUGGCAUGGAAGAGGAAUCUCUUUUGUUUGUCUGGUUGGCAGGAGCCCUUGAAUUUACAGAUGAUGCAGAGACUCUGAGGCCUUUCACACUCUAUGAGUACCGGGUCAGAGCCCAUAACUCCAAGGGCUCAGUGGACAGUCCAUGGGCAUCUGCAAGGACUCUGGAAGCCCCACCACAAUCCCUGCCAGCUCCUUGGGUUCAAGCCACAAGUGCUCAUUCUGUUCUGCUGAAUUGGACAGAGCCAGAAUUUCCCAAUGGCAUUAUCUCCCAGUACCGUGUUGUCUACCAAGAGAGACCAGAGGAUCCAACAUUUAGCAGCUCUUCUGUGCAUGCUUUCACAGUGAUGGGAACAAGCCAUCAAGCACACCUGUUUGGGUUAGAACCAUUCACAACAUAUCACAUUGGUGUGGUGGCUGUAAACCAUGCAGGAGAAGUUUCAAGCCCCUGGACACUGAUACAAACCUUAGAAUCGUCCCCAAGUGAACUGAGCAACUUCACAGUGGAACAGAAGGAGAAUGGCCGUGCAUUGCUACUGCAGUGGUCAGAGCCUAAGAGAGCCAAUGGAGUGAUUAAGAAAUACAACAUCUUUAGUGACACUGUCCUGGAGUACACUGGUUUGAGUCGUCAGUUUCUCUUCAGACGCCUGGAUCCCUUCACUGUCUACACCCUGACCCUGGAGGCCUGCACCAGGGCAGGCUGUGCCCACUCAGCACCCCAGUCUCUCUGGACAGAGGAAGCCCCUCCAGACUCUCAGUUGACUCCUACAGUCCAGUCUGUGGAAUCCACAAGUGUAGAGCUGAGCUGGUCUAAGCCUGUUAACCCAAAUGGAAAGAUAAUUCGUUAUGAAGUGAUUCGCAGAUGCUUCAAGGGAAAGGCUUGGGGGAAUCAGACAAUCCAGGCCAAUGAGAAAAUUGUUUUCACAGAAUAUAAUUCUGAAAGGAAUGCAUUUAUGUAUAAUGACACAGGUUUGCAACCAUGGAUGCUGUGUGAAUAUAAAAUUUGCUCUUGGAAUUCAGUGGGACAUACCUGUAGCUCUUGGAAUGUGGUAAGGACAUUGCAAGCACCUCCAGAAGGUCUCUCUCCACCUGAGGUAUCCUAUGUAUCUAUGAAUCCCCCCAAACUACUGAUUUCCUGGAUCCCACCAGAACAGUCUAAUGGUAUCAUUCAGUCUUAUAGGCUUCAAAGGAAUGGAAUGCUCUAUCCUUUCAGCUUUGAUGCUGUGACUUUCAAUUAUACUGAUGAUGAGCUGCUUCCUUUUUCCACCUACACUUACACAGUCCAAGCUUGCACGAGUGGAGGCUGCUCCACCAGCAAACCCAUCAACAUCACAACUCCUGAGGCUGCUCCAUCAGGAGUCAGCCCUCCGGUUCUUCAGGUCAUUAGCGCCAGUCAAAUAAAUGCAUCUUGGUCACCACCAUCAAUUCAAAAUGGAAAGAUCACUAAAUAUUUGCUUAAAUAUGAUGGUAAGGAGUACCUUGCAGGGCAGAGCUUGUCCCUUCUGGUUUCCCAUCUGCAGCCUUAUACUCAGUACAAUUUCUCCCUUAUAGCCUGCACAAGUGGAGGAUGCACAGUUAGUGUGUCAAAAUCCGCCUGGACAAUGGAGGCCCCACCAGAGAACAUGGAUCCCCCAGCAUUGCAAGUUACAGGCUCAGAAUCAAUAGAAAUCACCUGGAAACCCCCAAGAAAUCCAAAUGGCCAGAUCAGAAGUUAUGAACUUAGGAGGAAUGGAACCAUUGUGUACACUGGCCUGGAAACUCGCUAUCAUGAUUUCACCCUUACGCCAGGUGUGGAGUAUGGCUACACAGUGACUGCCAACAAUAGCCAAGGGGGUAUUUUGAGUCCACUUGUCAAAGAUCGAACCAGUCCUUCUGCACCCUCAGGCAUGGAACCACCAAAACUCUAUGCCAAAGGCCCCAGGGAGAUCUUAGUGAAUUGGGACCCUCCAGUGAGAACAAAUGGCAAUAUCAUCAAUUAUACCCUCUUUAUCCGUGAGCUGUUUGAAAGGGAAACAAAAACUAUACACAUAAACACAACUCGCAGUUCUUCUGGCACACAGUCAUUCACAGUAAAGCAUCUAAAGCCAUUUCACAGGUAUGAAGUACGAAUUCAAGCCUGUACUACCCUGGGAUGUGCAUCAAGUGACUGGACAUCCAUCCAGACCCCUGAGAUUGCACCUCUGAUGCAACCUCCUCCACAUGUAGAGCUACAGAUGGCCCCAGGGGGAUUUCAGCCCACUGUUUCCCUUCUGUGGACAGGACCACUCCAGCCAAAUGGAAAAGUUUUAUACUAUGAAUUGUACAGAAGACAAAUAGAAACUCAGCCUGGAAAAUCCAAUCCAGUCCUAACCUACAAUGGAAGCUUAAAUACAUUUAUGGAUUCUGAACUAUUGCCUUUCACAGAGUAUGAAUAUCAGGUUUGGGCAGUGAAUUCAGCAGGAAAAGCCCCCAGUAACUGGACACGGUGUAGAACUGGGCCUGCACCCCCAGAAGGUCUCAGAGCCCCCACGUUCCAUGCGGUCUCUUCUACCCAAGCAGUGGUCAAUAUCAGUGUCCCUGGGAAGCCCAACGGGAAUGUCAGUCUCUACAGGCUGUUCUCCAACACCAGCGGGGCCCACACCGUGCUAUCUGAAGGCCUGGCCACCCAGCAGACUCUUCGUGACCUGCAGCCCUUCACCACGUACUCCAUUGGGGUAGAGGCCUGCACCUGCUUCAACUGUUGCAGUAAAGGGCCAACAGCUGAGCUGAGGACUCAUCCUGCUCCACCCUCAGGACUGUCCUCUCCCCAGGUCCAGACACUGACUUCAAGGAUGGCCUCCUUCCAGUGGAGUCCCCCACUCUUCCCCAAUGGUGUCAUUCAAAGCUAUGAGCUCCACCUCCACGUGGCUUGCCCUCCUGAGUCAGCCCUACCCUGCACUCCAGGCCAAACAGAGAUAAAGUACAGCGGGCCAGAGCAGAGAGCCAGCCUGGAGGGGCUCCAGCCUUACACCUCCUACAAGCUGAGAGUGGGGGCACACAACGAGGCAGGCAGCACGACAUCCGAGUGGAUCAGCUUCACCACCCAGAAGGAGUUGCCUCAGUACCGGGCCCCAUUUUUGGUGGACAGCAAUGUGUCAACGGUGUGUAUUGACUGGAGCAGCUCUUUCCUUCUCAACGGCCGGCUGAAGGAGUACGUGUUGACCGACGGAGGACAGCGUGUGUACAGCGGCCUGGACACCACCCUGUACAUACCACGUACGGCAGACAAAACCUUCUUUUUCCAGGUCACCUGUACUACAGAUGUAGGAAGCGUUAAGACGCCAUUGGUCCAAUAUGAUCCCUCUACUGGAUUUGGCUUGGUGCUAACAACUCCUGGAGAAAAGAAGGGAUCAGGAAGCAAAAGUGCAGAAUUCUACAGCGAGCUGUGGUUCAUCGUGUUAAUGGCGAUGCUGGGCUUGAUUUUGUUAGCCAUCUUUCUGUCCCUGAUACUACAAAGAAAAAUCCACAGGGAACCGUAUAUUAGAGAGAGGCCCCCCUUGGUACCUCUUCAGAAGAGGAUGUCUCCAUUGAGUGUCUAUCAUCCGGGGCACACCAAUAUGGGAUUAGCUGAUACCAAAAUUCCCAGGUCUGGGACACCUGUGAGUAUUCGGAGCAGCCGGAGUGUGUCCGUACUGAGGAUCCCAAGUCAAAGCCAGAUCAGCCAAACCUAUUCCCAGGGCUCUCUCCACCGAAGCAUCAGUCAGCUCAUGGACAUGCAGGACAAGAAAGUCCUGGUUGAUGACUCGCUGUGGGAAACCAUCAUGGGCCACAGCAGUGGGCUGUAUAUGGACGAAGAAGACCUGAUGAAUGCCAUCAAGGGCUUCAGCUCGGUGACCAAGGAGCAAACCACAUUCACCGACACCCACCUGUAA